GUGUUCCCUUUUAACGUUAUUAAAUGGCGACCCACAGCCUCCUCCUCUCUAUCCCUAUAAUCUCACCCCCUCAAAAGACGUUUUUGCCCUCCACCCACUGUACACAUCUCCUUCUCGUCGCCCGAUCCCUCCGGUUACCUCGCCGGAGAAUUCGCCUGAAACCCCCGGAUAACGAUAUGUCAAUCGCAGUUUCCAUGUCGGAGCUCCCUCCCCAUCGGGAUCCAGAGGAUAGUCCGCUUUUAGAUUCCAGAAUUAGUGUUGGAGAAGGAGAAAUGUUGACAACAGAUGUUGAAGAAGAGAAAGACAUUUCUGUUAGAAAGCAACCUCGUAAAAGCAGAUAUCUCAGCAGCAGAAUGAAAAUUUUCGGGGUUGAACUGUCGCCCGAUAACGUUGCUGUGGCAAUGGUGUAUUUUGUUCAAGGUGUUUUAGGCCUUUCGAGGCUCGCUGUUAGCUUUUAUCUAAAGGAUGAUUUGCAUCUUGAUCCUGCAGAGACAGCUGUGAUAUCGGGUUUCUCUUCGUUACCAUGGCUUGUUAAGCCUCUCUAUGGGUUUAUCAGUGACUCAUUGCCGCUAUUUGGCUACCGAAGGAGGUCAUAUUUAGUUCUGUCGGGGCUUCUUGGUGCAUUUUCGUGGAGUUUGAUGGCUGGACUCGUUGACAGCAAAUAUAGUGCUGCAUUUUGUAUACUUCUCGGUUCCCUUUCUGUCGCCUUUUCUGAUGUUGUUGUAGAUUCGAUGGUUGUAGAACGGGCUCGUGGUGAGUCACAAAGCCUGUCAGGAUCUCUGCAAUCUUUAUGCUGGGGAUCCUCUGCUUUCGGUGGAAUUGUGAGCUCCUACUUUAGUGGCUCCCUGGUUGAUUCAUAUGGUGUAAGGUUUGUAUUUGGAGUGACGGCCUUGCUACCUCUGAUAACUUCAGCAGUCGCUGUUCUCGUGAAUGAACAGCGUGUGGCUGUGGCCCGUCCAGUAACAGGUCAGAACAAAACCUGGCUGAUGAGUCCUCACUUCCUCCAGGACUCGAAGCAGCACAUCAUUCAGCUCUGGGGUACCAUUAAACAACCAAAUGUUUUCCUUCCGACCCUUUUUAUUUUCUUGUGGCAAGCCACACCACAUUCAGAUUCUGCAAUGUUUUACUUCACGACAAACAAACUCGGCUUUACUCCCGAGUUUCUUGGCCGUGUUAAACUUGUGACAUCAAUUGCCUCCUUGCUUGGAGUAGGGCUGUACAAUGGAUUCCUCAAGACUGUGCCAUUGAGAAAGAUUUUUCUUGUCACAACCAUCUUCGGCACAGGUCUUGGGAUGACUCAGGUUUUCCUUGUCACGGGUUUUAACCGGCAAUUGGGGAUAAGCGACGAGUGGUUUGCAAUCGGUGACUCUUUAAUUCUGACAGUUCUUGGCCAGGCUUCGUUCAUGCCGGUGCUUGUAUUAGCGGCAAGAUUAUGUCCGGAAGGAAUGGAAGCGACGCUAUUUGCGACGCUAAUGUCAAUCUCGAACGGAGGAAGUGUUCUUGGAGGUCUUGUCGGAGCAGGACUGACCCAAGUCUUCGGCGUAACCAGAGACAGUUUCGACAACUUAGCCACUCUCAUAAUUCUCUGCAACCUCAGUUCGUUGUUGCCUCUUCCGCUUCUCGGCCUCCUGCCACGAGAUUCUCCAGACAGUGGUUCCAUGGAUGAUCCAGAGAUCGAGAUGAAGUCUAACUAAGGAUGAUGACUACUGUUCCACUUCCAUGUUUGUAACUCUGUUACUGCCCAAGAACCAAACUUCAGCUGAGAUUUUUUCUUUUCUUAAAAGAAAAUUGCAAGUUUUGAGUGGUAAUAAAGGCAAGAGUUAUAUUUAUAUCA